CCUUCUCCAUCCUCUCUUUGUUCGGCAAUCACGCAUCCCCUUUAUAGUCGAUUGAAGGUCAGCUUAUAGCUCGAAAAUCACCGAAAAUGCUUUCGCGCAUUUCUCGAUCUGCUGUCUCCUCCGCCGCCCGUCCUUCUCUCCGUGUAGGCCGGGUCUCAGCAACGGUGCCCGCAGCCAUUCAUCUUCAACCCCGAUUGAACAGCGUCAGCAAUUCGUCCCAGGCAUCCCGUCGAGGGUUCCAAUCCACCAAAUGUAUCCGCAAGGGCAUCUUCCCUGAUUCCGCAGACCCUCCCGCCCCGAACCCGCAAUCGAAUAAUGUCGCUGGCGCGUCCACCCAUGUCACGGAACCCUCGCCGUUGACUGACGCGCAGUAUCACGAGUUCGCGGAGUACUAUCUCAAUGUGAUUCAGAAUGAAGUGGAGAAGGCCCAGGAGGAGGGAUCUGAUAUCGAGGCAGAGUAUAGUGCUGGCGUAAUGAAUAUUUCAGUUCCCGGUGUAGGAACCUAUGUCCUGAACAAGCAGCCUCCCAACAAGCAGAUCUGGCUCAGCUCGCCAAUCUCUGGCCCUAAGCGGUACGACUGGGUCGUCGAAGGAGACCAAAUGCAUGAGAAGCAGGAUACACGUCCCUUCGGCAAUGGAAAAUGGAUCUACCUCCGCGAUGGAUCCAAUUUAACGGAUCUGUUGAAUGCGGAGCUGUCGUUGAACAUUGCAAAGGACGUCUACAGCGAAUUUGAGAAAUAAUUGUUGAGUGGCCAAGAAGGAGUAUGUGGAUGAUCAGGCGAUGUUUAAGAUUACCAUAUUCUAUGACGAAGAGGUUACGGUGUAUGAUAUGGAGAUCAACAUUUCAGUUUCGUCCAUGGGAACGAUGUAAACACCCGCAUCAAGUGCAUAUUCACUUGCUGCGCAGAUAUACAAUCAUGAAUCGAAAGUUCAC